UGAGAGCAGGCACCGGAAGUAGUCAGUAACGUCACUUCCGUCGCGAUUGCCGACGGUGCCAAGAUGGAAGCUCGGCGGGCCCGGGAGCAGCUGCGGCGGCGUUACCUGCUCCCCCCCGAGGCCGGGUUGGACCGCGAGGGCGAUGCCGGGCCGGAAACGUCCACACCUGCUGAGAAAAAGGAGAAGCCCCUCCCAAGGCUUAACAUCCACUCUGGAUUCUGGAUAUUGGCGUCCAUUGUUGUGACCUAUUAUGCAGAUUUCUUUAAAACCUUUAAAGAAAACUUUCACACCAAUAGUUGGUUUCUCUUUGGCGGUACCCUGCUGCUCAUCAGUCUGUCCAUUGCGUUUUACUGCAUAGUCUAUCUGGAGUGGUACCUCGGAAUUGAAGAGUAUGACGUCAAGUACCCCACGCUGGUUCCCAUCACAACCGCAACUUUCAUUGCAGCAGGAAUUUGCUUCAACCUGGCUCUGUGGAACGUGUGGUCAUUCUUCACACCCUUGCUCCUGUUCACCCAGUUCAUGGGGGUCCUGAUGUUCAUCUCACUCCUCGGAUAAUCUCCAAGACUUAAGAACGUGACAUUUGGGCUGCAGAGAUGAUGCAGUGGUUUUCCAGAGGACCCAAGUUUGAGUCUCAGCACUCACACUGGACAGCUCAUGACCACCUGUGACUUGAGUUCCACAGGGAUCUGACAUCCUUUCUGGCCUCCACAGGCACCCCCACACAUGGCAUUCACUCAUACACGCACACCUGUAAACAUAAUACUUAAUAUUUUAAAAAUUGAAGAACAUGGCAGUUUAAAGUGAGUGACUGAACAUCUGGUUUCCUGGCAGCAUCACUGCAGAUGAAGCAGCUUGGUGUCCCUGCUGUCUCUGAUAAGAGGGAUUUCCUUGGAAAAGUGACUUUCAAGGUCUGUUGUUGAAAUCAGAAUAAAUUAUCUUUCGUGAG